UAUUUGAUGCGGUGAUUGGUGGAAUAGAACUUCCUUCCUCCUGUCUCCUCUCAACUAUCAAGCACCUUCCCGCCCUCUCACCUACCGCCACUCACCACCUAACUAAAAGGCUAAGAAAACCAAUCAACGCCAUUACAAGCAUUCCUUGAAUCUAAUGCUGAAGCGAUCGAGUCUCUGAAAUGACUUUUACAACAAAAACUUGAAAAUGGCCAAGACGAAGAGGCUUUAAAGAUUAUAAAGCUUUUAGUGUCUGCGCAACCGGAGGUAACUGAAUGGAAGUUUUUAAUGGCAAGAUUGCUGAACGAAACGGGUCGUGCACAAGAUGCUCGCAAUGUGUUUGAAGAAAUUCUUGUCGCAAAUCCUUUGUCUUUUGAGGCUUUGUUCGAGAAUGCACUACUAAUGGACCGCUGUGGAGAAGGAGAGGCGGUUAUUAGAAGGUUACAAGCGGCUUUAGAUAUUGCAGAAGAGGAGAAUAACGUGAAAGAAGCGAGGGACGUGAGGCUGAUUAUGGCACAGAUACAGUUCCUGCAAAAGAAUGUGGAGGAGGCGCUGAAGAGUUAUCAACAGUUGUCAAAAGAGGAUCCUAAAGAUUUCAGGCCUUAUUUUUGUAGAGGGAUGAUAUAUAGUUUACUUGAUAGAAAUGAGGAGGCAAAAGAGCAGUUUGCCAAGUAUCGUGAGCUUUCGCCAAAGAAGUUUGAGGUGGAGGGGUAUUUGAGGACCUCAUUAUCAAGGAUGAAGCUUUUUGGGUCAAAUGAGAAGAACUGAGUCUUGGCUUUUGAAGUUUUGAGGUAAUAAUGAUUUGGAGAAUGACAUUGGAUUUUUGGGAAAUAAUCCUCCAUAUCAUUUAGUUUAGGAUUGAUCUGGAAACGUGGCUGAAGUUUCACCAAGGAUUAUUAAAAGGAACAAAGAAAAAAGAACUGAGUUUUAUAGAGCUGUAACACUUGCAUUGUUACCACAGCAAUGGUUUUGAUCAUUCCUUUUGAGGAUUGUCUCCAUGUUAAUGCUAAAACUAUUGGCUUCACUUGCAAAACAA